CAGAAUAGACUUCUAGGAAAGAGUCCAUUUGAAGAAAGCCAAGCCUUUUCGCUUGCGUCCCCUUCGCGCAUUGCAAGUUUCCGAUCGCGGCGACAACACACUCCGCAUCGACGACGACGACGCCGCCGCCGCCGCCGCAAAACACUAAACUGGCUUAUUUCAAAAAAAAAAAAAAAAGUCAACACUUUUUAAAAAAGCGAACGUCGUCUUUUGGCCUUCGGAGUUUUUUUUUGGGGGGGGGCAACCGAUAUCACUUGAUAACCUGCGCUUGGUUAUUUUCACGUAAACUUUUUCCCCAAUUUUUUUUUUUUAAUUUUUGAUUUCAUUUUCUUAGCUCCGUCGUCUUUUCUACACAAAACAAGGUCGGGGGUGGAAAUACGACUGGAAUUAAAGUGUGGGUUGAAGAAAUAGCAUGAUUCUCUGUGUGCCAGGUCCCCGAGGUCUUUUGCCCGCCGCUCCAACUACUGAGGCCCCCCGGGGGGGCAUGCGGGCAGGGUCGGUCGCGCCUGCGCCUUGCCUUCAGAGCAGCCCGCCGCUAUGGGACCCCACGAAGGAUCUGCGGGCCAUUGCGAGCAACUUCUGCUACCUGGAAACAUCAGGGUGGUACUGGGGAGCAAUAAGUGCGGCCCAGGCCCACAGUGCACUUCAAGAGGCCUCUGAAGGGGCUUUCCUGGUACGGGACAGCAGCCACCCCCUGUACAUGCUCACCCUCUCGGUCAAGACGGCGCGCGGCCCCACCAGCAUCCGCAUCCAGUACAGCUGCACGCGCUUCUUGCUGGACUGCAGCUCGCCGGCCCGGCCCAGCCUGUCUUCCUUCCCCAACGUCCCCAGCCUGGUGCAGCACUACAUGGGACCGGAGAGGAGAGCGGAAGACGAGGAGCGGGGCACGGCGGCCGAGGAGGCCCCUUCCAAAGCGACGAUCCAAGAGCCCUCGGCGUCGGUGGUACUCAAACUGAAGCGGCCCGUGUACAAGCCGCAGAGUCUGCCCUCCCUGCAGCACCUCACCCGCAUGGUCAUCAACCGGCAUUCGGAGCGCCACGACCAGCUACCACUCCCCAGGCCUCUGCUGUCUUUCUUACAGGAAUACCCCUUCAAGGUAUGAGUCUUAUCUCGAGUGCAAAGGAGGACAUAAACAAACAGGUCCUUUUUUUUUUUUCCCCUCCUAAAAAAACAAACCAAAAAAAAAAAAAACAACAAAAUGACACUUGCUGCUUUGGAACUUUGGACACAGGGUCUUUUUUUUUUCCCCCCCCCAAAACAUGCACACAAUACAUUCAGUUCCUACCAGCGAGCACGACUGUGCGUGUGUGCGUGUAUCACAUUUGGACUGGCCUGCAUGAGAUGAACGUACAGUGACUCCAAUACACACCUUUGCCGAUGAUAUUUGUCUCAGUAAAAACUCUUUUUUUCUACCUUUUCCAUGAGUAACGUCGUUUUUUUCCCCCACUUUUUUAUUAACCUGUUCAGCCAUUUCAGUCUUGAGAAUAGAGCUAAAACCAUGAAAAAAAUUCAAAGUAAAUAAAUAAAACAAAAACAAAAAAGACAAAGAUGAAACAAAGAAAAGGAAAAUAAACAGACUUCAUAAUCUAGAAUGGACUUUAGGGCCAAUCAGUAUUUUUAAAUUACAGUAUGUGGGCUCCCUCCGGUUCUGUUAUAUUUAACUUUUUAGUAAAUUAGCAUUGAAUUUUGGAGAGCAUCUUGUUUUUUUUUUUUUUGUUUUU